AUGUAUCUAUCUAUCUGUCUAUGUAUCUUCGUAUCUAUCUAUCUAUCUAUCUAUCUAUCCCAGCCUCAGCUCAUUAUCUAUCUAUUUCCAGACUUCAUUCAUUAUCUAUCUAUCUAUCUAUCUAUCUAUCUAUCUAUCUAUUUCAGACUUCACACCAUCUAUCUAUCUAUGUAUGUAUCUAUCUAUUUUAGUCUACACAUUAUCUAUCUAUCUAUCUAUCUAUCUAUCUAUCUAUCUAUCUAUCUAUCUAUCUAUCUAUCUAUCUAUCUAUCUAUCUAUCUAUCUAUCUAUUUCGAUCUUAUCUAUGUAUGUAUCUAUUUUACCUCGUUUCUAUCAUUUGUUGAACUCCUUCGGAGUUACGGUGUUUUCUACGUAAUGGCGUCCGUGUCUCUGAUUGGAUCGGUUUUUUGUUUCUUCUUUCUGCCUGAGACAAAGAACAAAUCUUUGGAAGAAAUCGAAACGUUAUUCUCACGGAAGAAUCCAAAAGUUUAA